AUGCCGCACAGACUCGUAGCACGUCAGAGUGGGCUGGUAAAGAAAUGUUUCAGUGCCAGGUCCGCAUCCCCUCCGGCAAUCUCGCUGGAGCUUCAGCUGGUGGUUAGAAGAUGGGUCGCCACGUUCAUAGCCUAUGCGCAAUGUCUCCUGGUUGGAAGAAUCUUCACACCAUUGCGAUCACAGUCGUGUCACAGGACUACCAACGAGAACGUUCACAUCCCCAAGAACAAGUUCGACCUCGAAAGGGAGUCACAAGAUCUCAUGAGAAUCUUCCUCGAGUCCAAGAGCCUGGGAUUCGUUGUUCAGACUCAACCGCCGCCGGUGGCCAUGUUGGCACCUCGCCCCUCGGUAUACGACACGAAGGUUCACACGCUUGAGGAACUCAAACAGAGCAUCUUGAAGCUCAAGGCGGCAGCAUGA